GCGCUCACUUCAGAGCUAUAGACAUAUUUCACAGCCAUCUAGAUCGUUGAAUUAAAAGCCACAAUGGUCGACGACUGUGAUAAUUGCCAGUGUGGUGAAGUUCGGUAAAGUUUGUAUCUCCAUAUCGCCAGUUUUAUUGAUAUGACGUAACUUGCUGAAUAUAGUUUAUUUCUACGGUGAUGAUAAAUACCUAUAUUAUUAAUAAUAGUCGAUAACUUGAAGCGCUGACGCACAACCUGAUCGGUUACGCUGGAAAAUGUCGUACCCAGGGCAACCGCCUAUGGGUAUCCCAGGCAUGCCACCGAUGCCCUAUAUGGUCGGUGCUCCGCCACCUAUAAUUGGAAGUGUUAUGCCAAUGCCUCAUAUGAUUCCGACACCAGUUUCUGCGAUGCAGACCUCUGCACCUGCCGUUCGUUAUGCUCGAAAUCCAAACCGGCACGACAAUAAUCGUCGGCGGGAGAGAGAAACGGGACCUCCAGUGACCGUUUUCGUUGGUAACAUUAUGGACAGAGCACCCGAUGUUAUGAUACGUCAUAUACUAGGUGCAUGCGGUCAUGUUCUCUCCUGGAAACGAGUCCAAGCAUUUGGAUUCUGCGAAUAUGCUGGACCAGAUGCUGGACUCAGGGCUGUCAGACUGCUUCACGAUAUGGAAAUUGGAACUAAAAAAUUAGUCGUCAAAGUUGACGCCAAGACUAAGGUUGUCUUGGACCAGUUCAAAGCUGAAAGGCGAAAGAAAUUACGAGGUGGACAAUCACCACUGCAAGAUGAGACUCCUAGUGAAGGUCUGGACGGUGAAGAGGGUGACGAUUACAUGGACGAGGGAAUGAGGGUCAUGGAUGCGGAUGCAACCACUCGCAUCUCCCAAAUCAUUUCCGAGCAUGCGACAGAACUUGAAAUGGCUCAAGUUGCCCCAGAGGAGCAUCAAACGAAAAUGGUGGCAAAAUCGUUAAAUCUUGACGACGCGGAAAUAGAAGAAAGCAAGCGGGACCUGAUAACGAGGGAAAUUGGCAAGUUUCGGGAAGUCAUGAAGAAGCAGGAAGAGGAGAAGGCUCAAGUGAAGCGAAAGCGGGAAGCUGUCGAAAAGGAGGAAAGGGAGAAACGAGAGAAGGAACGCAAGGACAGGAAAGAAGAAGAGGCUGGGAACAACAAGGAUGAUCAUGACGGAUUGGAACCUGGCAGUCCCUCCACACCUCCGACCGGUGGAUCUGGUUCUGCUGUUUCAAAAGGUCGCAGCAGCAGCAGCGCCAGCAGUAGGAGAGACAAACGUCGUUCAAAGUCCAGAUCGAAGGAACGCGACAGGGAAAGAGAGCGUCAAAGAAGCGAGCGAGAACGGGAUAGAGACAGGGAUCGCGAAAGGGAGCGAGAGCGGGACAGAGAUAGAGACCGAGAAAGGGAGAGAGACAGGGAUCGAGAAAGGGACAGAGACAACAGAGAAAGGGAGAGAGAGCGAGAGAGGGAGGAGGCGCGAAAAAGCGAAAGGGAAAUAUUGCGGGAGAGAGAAGAAGAGGAGGAGGCCAAGGAAAGGAAAAAGAACGAGAGACGAGCAAGGGAGAAGGAGGCAGCUUAUCAGGAACGGUUGCGCGCCUGGGAAACUAGGGAACGCAGGAAGCAGAAGGAGUGGGAAAAGGAGGCGGAGAAACAUAGGGCGAAGCAAGAGGCGAGGGAGAGAGAGGCGAAACGACUAAAAGAAUUUUUGGAGGAUUACGACGACGAUCGCGACGACACUAAAUACUAUAAGAGCAAAGAAUUGUCACGACGUCUUGAGGAGCGCGCUCUUGAGGCCGAAGCUGACUCUCGUGAUCGUUGCGCCGAACGCCAGGAGCUCCAGCGCCUCAGAGACAAGCUCUAUGCCGAUUCGACCUACACAGAUCCGGCUGCUGAAUUUGAGAGGUUAAAAGCUGAGCGAGAGGAACAGUACAAGCCUAAACCUGUAAUAACAAUAAUCGACGAGGAUGAUGACAAGUCGGUGAAAAAGGAAAAGGAGACCUCGAUGCCGCCGAUUGAAACGGAACCGAUCGACAGUGACAGUGACGACGGUGUUCACUUUGACGAUGCCCCGCCUACCGAGGCUCCUUCGAGGACACCUCCCCGUCAUCAUCAUCACCACAGACGUCAUCAUCGCCAUCAUCAGAAUCAUCAUCGCGAUGAUAAUGACGACGGAAACGACGACGACAUCAGUGAAGUUGACAGGGAUAGUAUUAAGGACAAAGUCAACUCACCGUCUUUGCAAUCUCAGCCAAAUACUGCUCAAUCUUUGCCCGUUAAUCAUGACGAAGACUCUCGCAUGUCGCUUGUCAGUGAACCGGAGAAGUCGAGCGGCGGAAACUUUGUACCCUUUGCAAUGGGCAGCGGAGGGGCGAAAGGAGGUGGCGGAGUUGAUCACACUCCGGGAAACAAAACUCCGGCUAGUCCAAGUUCCGCUGUAAAUCCUAAUCCUCAGCAGGCUAAUCAGCCAAAGAAAAAGGGGCGGAUAGAUGUUAAGGACGUUUUCAACAAUGACGAUGACGACGACGGUACCAACAACACGAAGAAACGGAAACUAGUUCCUCUGGAUUAUGGCGAGGAGAAGAAGAAAAAAGGUACCGAGGACGCGUCCAAGGCUGGUGGUAAAGAAGAGAGCACCAAGAGUCAGGAGGAAAAACGAAAGCACAUUAAAUCACUAAUAGACAAAAUACCAACUGACAAAAAUGCUUUGUUCGGUUAUCAGCUCGAUUGGGCUGUCAUUGACAAUAUGCUAAUGGAGAAGAGAAUACGACCGUGGAUAAACAAAAAAAUCAUCGAGUAUAUUGGAGAGCCGGAACCGACGCUGGUCGACUUCAUUUGUAGCAAAGUAAUGGCGGGCAGUUCUCCUCAGGGAAUACUGGAUGACGUACAAAUGGUGCUAGACGAAGAGGCCGAAGUUUUCGUAGUAAAAAUGUGGAGGUUACUGAUCUACGAAGUUGAGGCUAAAAAAAUGGGACUAGUUAAAUAGUGGGCGAAUGUUGUAAUUGAGCAGAAUCGUUGUUGUUCUUCCUCUUUGUUUUCUUCUAUUUUUUUUUUUUUUUUUUUUUGUCUUCAACCUUCAUUGUCAAGUUCACGUAACAACGUCGACAGAAGGGCUAUACUACUAAUGCUUCUGCUCGAGUAUUGAAUAGAAAUCUUCAAUCGGCAGAGCUGAACGAGGAGAAUUCCUUCUGAAAUAAUUUCUGGAUACAAUUUUUAUUGAUAUAAUUGAAAAAGAAAAAAAGAAAAAAGGUAUUGCAUUACACACGAAUACUUAAUCGUCGUAUAUAUAGAAAUAUAUUAUCAAUAUUGUUAGUCCGGAAAAAUGAAAAAAACAAAUCCUAUAGCGACUUUUUUUAAUUAUCGCCAAAAAAAUCCGGCGAAUUUGUGUGAGACUACAUGUGUAGCGGUUUAUUCGUUGAAAAAAAUAAUAAUAAUAACAAUUUGUAAUUAUCAUCAUUCAUAAUUGCACCUAUAUACGGUUAUAUUACC